CCAAAAUGCACGGCUUCGUCAAAUGGUUUAAAAUGAAAACUUUCUAUUGCAUUGCAACAACUUUCGCGAUUUUUGUAAUGUUUUAUAUGAAUAACACUAGUUACUUAAAGAAAACGAAAAUUGAAGUAUUUUCCAGUGCAAUGAUUACUUCAAGACCUAACGGUGAAAGAACUACAGAGCGCGAAGCAUUUUAUGUCACAAGACCGAGGACCAGAACCAGAUACAUCUUGCUUUGGACCAACCCUCGGAACUAUCCCUUUGUUUACUUUGGCGAAGGAAAUAGUAUAUUUAAAAACAAAAAAUGUAAAUACACAAAUUGUUACGUCACAGGUAACAGACAAAUACUAAGAGAUGUUAAAGAAUAUGACAUUAUCGCCUUUAACGGACCUCAAUUGAUCACGAUCAUGACCAACGACGACUGGCCGAGAGGAAGAUCUAUCCGUCAAAAGUAUGUGUACACAAAUAUAGAAGCAGCCAGUAACUACCCACUUUGCAGUAAAGCCUGGAAUAAUUACUUUAAUUGGACUUGGACUUACAAAUUAGAUUCGGAUGCAAUUUGGGGAUAUAUUGUUAUAAAAAAUACAAGCAAUCACGUGAUUGGACCCAGUACUAACAUAGAUUGGAUAGUCACUGAUGACAUGGAUCCUGUUGACGAAGACGUGAAAAAGAAACUCUCUUUCAAAAGUGAAGCAGCUGCUUGGUUCGUUUCAAACUGUAACACAGUAAGUAAAAGAGAGGACUACGUCAAUAGGCUGUCAGUCUACUUAAACGAUUACAACUUAAAAGUCGAUAUUUAUGGAUCAUGUGGGACACUGCAGUGUCCAAAACCAUACAUGAAACGAUGUCUUGAGGAGGUUCAAAGAAAAUAUUACUUUUAUUUCGCCUUUGAGAAUGCUAUAUCUGAAGAUUAUGUGACGGAAAAGAUUUUAAACGCUGUUAACCACUAUGCCGUACCUGUGGUUUUUGGAGGAGCCGAUUAUACCAGAUUUUUGCCACCUGGUUCUUACCUGGAUGCUUACAAGUUAGGACCAAAAGAGCUCGCCAAAGAGAUGUACGAUAUUAUUGAAAACCGUGAGUUGUACUAUAGGUUCUUCAGAUGGCGGAAGUACUAUUCGUAUCAUCUUAAACACGAGAGCCCCGACACUGACGACUACUGCCGGUUCUGUGAAAUGGCCAACGAUGAAGCUCUGAUGGCAAAUAUUACCAUUUAUGAUAACUUUACUUCUUGGUGGACACCCCCGGGGAUCUGCACGGUUAUUGACCAUUUUUAAAAUGGUGAGAAUACUAAAUUUUAAUCAUCCGUUUAGGUAAUCAAUGGUAUAAAAAUAACCAAGCCCUUUCUUGGAAUAAAACAUAUUAACUAACUAAGUUUAUGGUUAUAAUAAACGUGGUA